UGUUCAUCCGUAAGUUUACCCGGGUCGCAAGCGCUCUCUCCUUCGAUCGAUCAUGGCGGCCGUGGGGGAGAUCGGCGGAUCCAAGAAGAGGAAGCGCGAGCCUUCAGCGGCGAAGGGAGGGGGGAAGCCCAAGUUGACGCAGCUUAAGAACGCUGCCUCCAAGCCGGCGAAUCUCAAAACUCAAGGCUUCAAGAAGCAGCCCAAGGCGUUCGAGUUAAAACCGGGAAAGCCUACCAAAUUCGGUGAUGAGACCGCUGUACAGGCGAAGAAGGAGCCUAAGACCCCAAGGGAGAGGCGCUUGGCUGCUAAGGAAAUGGCAGAAACAAGGAAGAAGAAGAGGAAACCAAAUUACAACCUUGAGAAAGAGCUUGCUUCAUUGUGGGAAAAAAUGAGAUGUUACAACGUUGGCAAACAGGCGAGAUCCGAGCUUGUAAGUGAAGCCUUACGUAAGAUGAAUGGGAAGUUUGUGGAGAUUGCAUGCUCUCAUGUUGCGGCACGUGUUCUUCAAACGUGUGUCAAAUAUUGUUCACAAGAAGAAAGAGAUGCUGUUUUUGAGGCUCUUCGGCCUCAUCUUCUUGCUCUUUCACGGAAAAAGUAUGCAGUUCAUUUAGUAAAGAAACUUUUAGAUCAUGCUAGCAAAAAACAACUAGAAUGGUUCAUAUCCUCUCUACAUGGGCAUGUGACUUCUCUUCUGCGACAUUCAGUUGGAUCUGCAGUCAUUGACUAUGUAUUCCAUUUGGCAAAUGGGUCCCAAAAGCAAAUCCUUUUGAUGGAGAUGUACUCUACAGAGCUUCAAUUAUUUAAGGACCUGACCUUAACAAAUUCAGGCAGGCUGGUGGAUAUAAUUUCUAAACUUGGACUACAAAAAUCAUCUGUGUUGCAACACAUGAUGUCUGUGAUUCAGUCACUUUUGGAAAAAGGGAUUGUUGAUCAUUCCAUUAUACACAAGGCCCUCAUGGAGUUUUUCACAAUUGCUGAUAAGUCCUCUGCUGCAGAUGUGAUUCAACAAUUAUUACCUCUUCUUGUGCAAGAGUCAGCUUCUGCAGAGGAGAGUCCUCAUUUCUCAGCUCCAGAGAUGCAGAAAAAGAGGAAAAUUAAAAACAAAAAUGUGAAAGAACCACUUCUUGCUCGGAUGAUUCACACAAGAGAUGGUCUAAAGAUCUGUAUCCUCUGUGUCAAGCAUGCAAGCGCAAAGGAAAGAAAAAAGGUUAUUAAAGGCAUAAAGGGUCAUGUCAGAAAGCUUUCACUUGAUCAACUUGGGAGUCUUUUGCUAGUUUGUGUCCUUUCGGUAGUUGAUGAUACGAAGCUUGUAACAAAGAUUGUAAUACGAGAGCUGCAAACAAUGCUGAAGGAUCUGGUAUUGGAUAAGAAUGGAAGACGUACAGUACUGCAGCUACUUCAUCCACAAUGUUCACGCUAUUUUGCAUCUGAGGAUUUGGCUUGUCUAAGUUUAUCUGUUCCUUCCCUUUCUGCACAGGUGGAAGAGACAGAGGACCCCAUGGAAGUUGGCUUGGAGCAAUGCCAAAAUGGGGAGUCUCCCAUGACAGAUAAUGAGAACAGUGAAGUUGGUAGGAAGAGUUUGCAGUUAGAUACCGGGGGCAAGAAGGAUUCAUUUCGCAGGAGAUGUGAAUUGAUGGUUGAGAGUGGGCUUGCUGAGGGACUAUUUGAAACUUGUACUGAUAACGUUGGUGAGCUACUCCGUUCAAACUUCGGCAAAGAAGUAGUUUAUGAGCUAGCUGUUGGUGGAAGUGACGGUAUCUUGCAAUCUUUUGCUGAUAGAAUGGAUGCCUUGCAUAAAGCAAUAGCUUCCCUGGCAGCCCUGCCCAAGACAAAUGAGUCACAAGAGGAGCAUGUUUUGGAGAACUUCCACUCCAGUAGGCUCAUCAGGAAGCUCAUCCUUGAUUGCCCUGGUUUCGCAGCCACUCUGUGGGAAAUGGCUUUGGAUGGGAAGUGCGACGUCUGGGCUCAAGGCCACAGUUGCAAGGUGCUUCUCGCAUUCCUGGAAUCAUCGGUUUCAGAGGUUAAAGACUUGGCGAAGCCUGAGCUUCAGCCUUUGAUGGAUCGUGGUGUUCUUAAAGCUCCUGAGAAUAGGUUGGUUGAAAAAGGAGUUUGAAACCUUCCUGCAGGUGGAAGGGUGUGAAUGCAGUUAACCAAAAAGGGUUCAUCUAUUAACCUUUCAUCAACAUGUAUACCAGCUUAAGCAGCACACAAUCUUGGCAAACUUGGAGGUCAUGAUCCAUUUCCGUAUCUGGAUUUUACUAGGAUUUAUGCCAGAUUAGAAAAAAUUUUUGUAUUAUUUCUGUGCUUUCCGAACUAAGAGAAGGAAAAAAAAAAAUCAGUAAUAUGAGAUUGUAUAUGCUAGCUACUAUCAUUGGUGUUAUUUUAUAAAUCGCAUGACAUUAUUAAUUAUAUUCAUAACGAUAGUAACAGUGGUCGUGGUGAUAAUGAUCAGUUUUGAUUGAUGAA